UGGGCAGAUCACAACCAGCUCGUCGACAUGAACACAUCGCCUUUGCUGGCCAUGUUUUAGCUCGAGGCGCGAUUGAGGAAUCGCGUCGUUGUUCAGGUACGACACUACCCAGGUAACGACUAUAACAAACCUUCGUUCAUAACCAAGUCGUUGGAAUGUUGCCCGCACGUCGUAGCGUGCAUGUGCUACGAUCACAGCGACGAUGCUUCUCAGCUUCGACGUCUCACGGUGCCGACUUCACCCAUGCCGUCAUCGGGGCAGGUGCUGUGGGACUGGCCAUAGCACGGAGGUUGCAACAGGUUGAUGGCGCGAGAGUGGUGCUGAUCGAAAAGCAUGGCAUGGUCGGCAGCGAGACGAGUAGUCGCAACUCUGAGGUCAUCCAUGCCGGCCUCUACUAUGGGCCCGACAGCCUAAAGACAAAGCUCUGCCUGCUCGGCAAGCAGAUGAUGUACGACCUCUGCCAGAAACAAGGGAUUUCCCACAUGAAUUGCGGCAAAUGGAUCGUCGCCCAAGAUGAAACCCAGAUGGCCGAAUUACAGAAAGUUUAUGAUUUCGCAAAGUCCAUGGAUAUCCCCAUCCGAUGGGUGUCCAAACAGGAGGCCAAGGAUCGCGAACCAGACGUCCGGGCGGAGGCGGGAGUGCUCGAAAGUUCCUCUACGGGCAUCGUCGACUCCCACUCAUACAUGCAAUUCCUCCAGGGGGAUUUCGAGAACCUCGGAGGAGAUCUCGCGCUGGCCAGCUCUGUGUCUCGGAUUGAAGCGCCAACGUCGUCGUCGAAUCCCGAAUGGACCAUCUGGGCCGGCAGCGAUGCGCCACCAUCAUCAGGAGGUGCUUCCUCCUCCGCAAGCAACAUCGACAACCCAGACCAGAACCAGAUCGCCGUCACAGCCUCCACACUAAUCAACAGCGCCGGCCUCUACGCCUGUGCCAUCUCCAACAUGGCCCUCCCUCCCUCCCGCCACAUCACCCCCUAUUACGCCAAAGGCUCCUACUACUCCUACUCGGCCUCCUUUCCCAAACCCAAGACCCUCGUCUACCCGGCCCCUGUCCCCGGCCACGGUGGUCUAGGUACACACCUCACCCUCGACAUGUCCGGACGGAUCCGCUUCGGUCCAGAUGUCGAAUGGGUAGACAGCCCGACCGAUCUCGCGCCGACGUACGUCGCGGAACGCUUCGAGGCGGCUCUCAAGGACAUUGAGACCUAUCUGCCUGGGCUGCAAAGGGACGCGGUGAAUUUGGAUUACGCGGGGAUUCGGCCGAAGUUGGGGAAAUUGUCGGCGGUGGGGAGUGGUGGGAAGGGCUUUCAGGAUUUUGUGAUCAGGAAGGAGGAAGGGUUUCCGGAUGAGGCGCCGUUUGUAAACCUUUUGGGGAUUGAGAGUCCCGGGUUGACCAGCAGCCUCGCGAUUGCGGAGGAGGUUUAUGAGAUUUUGUAUCGGCGGUGACGAUGACGAUA